UGUGUUGAAUAAUUAUCAAUGUUGCGGAAACGCUAUUACAAUCAUCAAUGUCGCCUUCAUCUGUGGAGGUUACACAAGAUCCAUCGUUCGAGCGCUGCCCUAGCGAGCCAGGCCACGGGAGAAAGUGUCAAAAUUUAACAUUUGGGGCAAAAACGUACUGACAGCUCGCCAUGGGUGGCUUGUUCCUUCAAGCUUUUUCCCGAAUACAACAUUCAUAGAUUUAUGCUCUUCCUUGUCAUAUCUUGGUCGUGUGCCGUUGAAAUAGGCAACAAACACUACUCCACACUUGAAGCAUCAAUCACCCUGGAGUAAUUGGCAGCACGUGCGAGCUCUUGGCGGGAAACAUCCCGGCAGUCCCUUCCUUUGCUGAACUGUCGUCUGCUGUCUCGUGGGUGUAUCAGGCACGGUGUACGAGCCAUCACUUUAGAAACUUCCACACGCAACACAGGACUAUUUCCUAGAUUGCUACAAACGAAAACAGAUUGGCAAAGAGAGACUAAUUUGAUCAGGAAACCCUGGUGGAAGCUGAAGUCAGUGUGGAACUGUUCUUAAAGAGGCAUCCCGAGCCACAACUGUUGGGUGUUCCUGUGAAUGCACCGAUGAGGGUGAAGAAUGAGAAGAGGGCUAUUUGAUAAGCUACCAGAGAUUAGUAGUUUGGUGGCAGCGAUGGGGUUCGUUCUCCCUCUCUCUUCCUUGCUUGAACCGUUCUGCUUCAGAAGGAUUUACUGCAUAUUGGAUGAGGAUUAUUACCUUUGAAUAAGGAACUGCUUGAAGGGUUCUUAUCACAUUGGUACUGUAACCAGCCAUCCUGCAACAGGCUUUUGGUGUACUGUGACAUUCACAUACACAAAAAAACAGACUUGGAUGUAUUGAACUGUGGAAUGGGUGUGUGGAAUUACUAAAGGAAAACCUGGUUCUAAGGUCAUGCUGUGGGAUGUGCCUAAUCCAACACGGAACAGAUUCAAGCAAACUUCAACCCAGAAGUCAAUAAUAUCAUGGAAUGAAGUCACGCACCUAUCAGCGAAAAGCGACUCAAGUUUGAUGAGAGAAAUCACAGAUUGGAAUAACUAAACCCCUAAUGAUUGAUGUGGAAGUUCACAAUCUUGAAUCACCCCUGCAAGUUUCAAACAUUUGAUUUCUACACCAAAAUUGAUUAGUCUUCUGCUGAUCUGUUUCCUAUCUUGAAAAUUCAUCACUAUUAAGAAAAAGGUUAUGAACUUAUGUUUUGAUUAUCUUAAUGCAGAAAAAUAAGUUUGGAUGAUUAUGUUUUAGUUUUUCUUGGUACAAGCUAUUAAUUUUAUAGCUUUACACCAACAGAUCUUCCAUGUUAAAACUGUUGUUGUAAUGUGAAUUUCAGAUGCUGCUUAUAAUUUACAUUUCUUGAUUUUGCUACCAAAACUCAAAUCUUUAGAUCAAGUUUUGAUCAGCUUAAGCUAUGUUUUGGAAAUAGGAUGAUUUUGGUUUAUCCUCUGUGAUAUGUUUUAACUUUGAGAGAAUAGACACAACCUGUUUAUGUUAUAGUGUGUGAUUAGUCAUCCUUGAUCUUAUUGCACAAAAUGUAGCACCUGAGCAGUGUUUGAUAUGGAUGAAGUUCUGGAUCAAGCUCUGAUGAACACAAUUUAAAGUAUUAGUUUGGAAAUACAGAUUUUGUGUGACGUGUUUUGAUAUAUCCUGUGAUAUUGUAUUGGUGCACAGACUGCUGGUGACACAUGCUUUGUGUGUAAGCCCCUCAUGGAUCUACGAAACCAAUCUACCUUGUGUAUAUGUAUUGCUAAAGCCUGUUGUCGACUGUACCAAGCAUGAGGCUGCCAACUUUCUGGAAUGUACAUAUUCUUUUGGGAGCUCUCCAUUUCUUCCUCAACCCACUACUUUCAUCAACAGCGACCAGCAAUGGAAACCAUGGGACUCUUUGGGAUAAUUCCCCUUAUGAGGUUUCACCUGAGGGAGAUUUUCCAGAGUCCUUGCAAUUUAUGAACAAACGACAAAAAAGUCCAUCUUUCCUGGCAGCCACCAUCAACAUCACUGUGCGAGAGGGAGAAAUGGCCACUUUACCCUGUGCAGUUAAAAACCUGGGCACAAGACAGGUUGCAUGGCGUCGUCUGGCAAAUGGGCAGGUUAUGACAGUGGGGACACUGACUUGGAUAAAAGAUAAACGGGUGUUUGUGGACAACAAGAUUCGCCAUGAGCAACCAGGAGUCUCAGACUGGAAUCUACUUCUAAAAAAUGCUCGUCAGAAGGACAGUGGCAUAUAUGAAUGUCAGAUAACAGACAAGAAAAGAUUUAGUAGAAAUAUAACAUUAACAGUUAUUGGUCCUCCUAUCCGAAAACCUGGAGUAACAAUAGAAGGAAAAGAGUUUCCCAACCUUGGGGAGGAAAUUCGGUUGACAUGCAAUGCAACAGGAGGUCCUCACAUACCAGAGGAAAUUGAUUGGUUUAAAGAGGGAGAUAAAAUAGACUCUCAUAAAUACCCCAACAUUUUAAUCACAAAAUAUCGGUCAUUACGUGAUCAGUCAUUAGUCAGCCAGCUGAUCAUUGAUCACAGUAGAGAGGAGGACAAGGGCAUGUAUAUCUGCCGCAGCUCAGACGAGGAAAUUGCCAGUUUAAAAGUCACAGUUAUGGUUGCUGGAUCAGUUAAUAAGAAAAGAGUACCGCGACCCGUGGAUCCCAAAUCUCAGUCCAACCAGCACGGAGCACGAUACAGAACAGGUUCUGGUUCUACCUAUGGGCCACACCAAGGUUCAUCAGCCUCUGGGCUCUUGCUGAAGGGGUCUGCAUGGAUUGCAUUGUUUUUCUACACGUUGCUAUACCCACUUUGUAUGCAUGUGAUAUGAUGAGGAGACGGACAGAGAUAGAACUGGUGCAAUAACAGUGCCUUGUUGAGUUGCUGUGCCCAAGGCACACUUCUUCUUGAGGACCAUGGACUUGGUGCCACACCAUUGGUUGACAAAGUCAUGUGACUGU